UGUGGCUGAGUCCGCACAGUCAAAGGCUUGUGAGAAUCUGGUGGAUGCUGGACCUCGGUGCUGUUGCUGCUGCAGCCGCUGCCGCUGUUGCUGCUGCUGCCGUCGCUACCGCUGUGGCUGUUGCUUCCCAGGGGCUGCAGGAGCAUGGACUACUAAACCCCACAGUUCUUCAGCGUGAGGGCAUCACGACCCGUUUGAAUUGAAGGCUGCUGACGCCAACUGAGAUGCCUGUCCCAGGACAGAGCACAGCCCCCUCCUGUGAGAACUUGGUAUAAAGUUUGCUGCUCUGUGCACUUGAAAGGGGCAGCCGGUCCUCAUACUGGAAGCCCACGGAUGUUCGGGGCACUUUCUCCGGGUAGCCAAAGGAGCCAGUCGCUGCUGGUUAAGAUAGGCGGCUGCACCCAGAACCGGAACCGCAGCCGCUCCCAUCCAAAGUUGAAUUCUUGUUGCCAGAAUGGGGAAACAGAACAGCAAGCUGCGCCCUGAGGUCAUGCAGGACUUACUGGAAAGCACCGACUUCACAGAGCAUGAGAUCCAGGAGUGGUACAAAGGCUUCUUGAGAGACUGCCCCAGCGGACAUUUAUCAAUGGAAGAGUUUAAGAAAAUAUAUGGGAACUUUUUUCCUUAUGGGGAUGCUUCCAAAUUUGCAGAGCAUGUCUUUCGCACCUUCGAUGCAAAUGGUGAUGGGACAAUAGACUUUAGAGAGUUCAUCAUAGCCCUGAGUGUGACGUCAAGGGGCAAGCUGGAGCAGAAGCUGAGGUGGGCCUUCAGCAUGUAUGACCUGGAUGGUAACGGCUACAUCAGCAAGGCGGAAAUGCUGGAGAUUGUACAGGCAAUCUACAAAAUGGUUUCCUCUGUCAUGAAAAUGCCUGAAGAUGAAUCAACCCCAGAGAAAAGGACAGAAAAGAUCUUCCGCCAGAUGGAUACCAAUAGAGAUGGAAAACUCUCUCUGGAAGAAUUCAUCCGAGGGGCCAAAAGUGACCCGUCCAUCGUGCGCCUCCUGCAGUGUGACCCCAGCAGCGCUGGCCAGUUCUGAGCCCUGCACCCUCAAGGACGCUACAGCUGCUUGUGUCUCUCCAGAUUAGCUUUUAAACUUACUUCAUUUUUGUUUUUGCCAAACAACAUUGAUGGUGACACUGUGCCCUCUUCAGUCAGACGUGCCCUCCUGUGCCACUUCAGCCCCUUGCUUCUUCCAUGGUGGACGUGAAUGCUCAGAGCCCGUGUGCUUGUGAGAGCAUGCAGACUUCGUGGUGUUCCCUGGCGGACAACUUUUUUAAUCAUCAUUUUUUUCCUUUGCUUCUAAUGUCUCUAUCUUAAAACCCAAGACUUGAGGGGCCAGAGAAGGGAAGUACAGAGAUCCUCCUUCUGUAAGCUUUGAGGGGCUUUGUUUGAAAUAUAAAACUCCUAACCUGGGUGUGUUGUCACACGUGCCCUCAGAGCUAGAGCAGACACCUGAGGCUAAGUUUUCUAAGAACAGGUUACCCUCUGGAGAGAGGCAGUUAAAGGGAGCUGGGACAUUUCCGCCCCCCAGAGCCCACUCCCUUCCGCCCAGCAAGCUGUAAUUUCUAAGCUGUGAACUUUUCAAGGUAAAUUAGCAGAGAUGGGAAAAGACAGCUCAGCUCUUUUGUUUUUUUUCUCCCACAGGUUUACACUAGUUGAGCUAAUACCAGUUUCUUUAAAAAAAUCAAACACAUAUUCAAAAGCCAGACCCAUCUUGCUGCCUACUCGUGAUUUAUAAAAAGACUGCUGUAUAUAAAACAUUGGGUGUUGCAGACCAAAUUAAGUGUUUUGCCUUGUAAAUGCAUGUUUAGUGAGCGCUAAUACAAUCUUACUACAGAAGACUGUCUAAGUAGCUUAUUGUGAAGCCAACUACAAUGAAUGUCAAUGUCUUGUUUUAAAGUCAUAGCUGUCUUUGCACAAACAUACCAGUUAACAAGUAUAUUUUAUAUACUCCAUAAAAUCACAAAAGAAUGAUGACAAGGACCCAGCUUUGAUUUCGAAUGGCUUCCUGGGGUCGAGGUGACACGAGGAAGCCAGCUCUCCAGGCGUCUUGUCCAUCAGUACAGCACCCGGAGCUCCGCGGGGACCAGAGGCCGAGGCACACCGGCGGGGAGCACAGGUGUGACACUUGUCUAAGCAGAUGAAUGCUCUACGGACACGGAAAACAAGCGGAGACUUCCUGGCAGUUUAACCCACAGCCUUGCUGGGGGAGCCACGUCUAGAACAUCCAUUUUUCCUGCCCCCAGGUGCCCUUCAAAUGGUCAGGUGUGGGAUAGCCAGGCAAUGCACCCAUUAUAAGAGCCAGCAAAGGGGCCUGCAGUGUCCCAGGCCGGCCGUGGGAAUCGAACCCAAGAACCCAAGAACGCUCUUCCUCACUGUGUUCUUUGAACGCAGCGGCUGAGCUGCUCGCUUGGGCUGGUCACCUCAUGCACACGACUUUGACAUGAGGGCUGGAAAUAAAAACUCCUGGCCAGAGCAAGACAAGGCCUCACAAACAGCUUGCAUCGGAAGGUCUAAACACUCGAGAAUGCUGGGGGCAGGGCCUGCCUGAGAGGAGGCAGCAGCCAAGCCAUGUCCUUUAGAACAAGAACCACAAAAAGAUAAACACAACCAGAAGGAAAGUUUCCUGCCAGCCCGCAGGUCCCCCACAGUGACACUCUUAACUGGCAGAAGUUUAAACUUGAAUGGAGGAUUAAAAUGAAUCACUUAGUAGGUUGAAAUUUUGAGACCUAGAUUUUGUAAUCUUAAUCUUUCCUAGUGUUGUUUCCUUACAUUUUGUACCAAGGUUUGCCAACUCCUGUGAACCAAAUGGUAAAGUCUGUUUUUACAAAGAAGAAUGAACUCGAGUGGUUGAACAGAAACAGGUAAAGGGAGCCAACAUACUGGUGUUGGCGAGGUAGACACACCCACGUGGGCUCUGCCUCAGGGUGAGCCAAACCCUGUGUUUCCUAGAACUUGAGUUGGGGAGGGAACUAGAGGUGCUCUCCCACUAUUAGGAAAUGAAAGAACCAAGAUGCAAAGCCUAUGAACGCUGUGAUCCCCAGAAGGCACGAAGAGUUCCAGGACUGGUCCCUCCACAGACCUGACAGACCUCUGUAUGUUUUCUUCCUCCUCCUCCCCAUCUCGGCCCAGGAAGGCGUUGGAUAUGUGUAAUUUUUAUGCAUGCAUGUUGGACCAAGGGACUUCACAGCAUCAAAAGGGCCAAGUGCCUGAGGACAUCUGUCACUCGAGUGGCUAAGGCAUUGUUUCUGCUGUGUUCAGAGAUCUCAGGAGGAAAUGGAGCCUGUUUUGUUCCAAGUAAAGGCAGCUUGUGCUGUCCACGGGACUGGACUAAAUGGCUUGUGAGUUGAAGGAUGUUUCAGAAUGUUUGACCUCGCUGAGGAUGGAGAAGGGAUGCUGUGGGUACCGCCCUGCCCCGCCCUGCCCCGGGCAAUACUCCCCGGGGGACUUUUGACAGAUGAAUUUAAUAAUAUAUAUGUCAUGCUAUGUGGAGUGGUCCCGUUAUCAGUUGAUUGUGUAGCUCUUGCCUGGCAUUAAAGCAUGUUUAUUAUUUAA